CCCAUCAUCAUCCCCUUCACGACACCACCUGCACUUUCACCUCAGCCCUAAACGCCGUGAUUCAGCUCUCUCGCUCCUCAGAAAACACCUGUUUAGCUCCUAAAUUCCAAUCCACACACAUUUCGCAAAAAUCCGGCGGAAAACAUUUGUUGAUCGAUCCUCGAUGGCUUUCGACAGUGCACGUACAUCGGAGGCAUCCGACAGGAGGCCCGAGCAAGCAAUUGGCCACGCCAACGGCGGCGCCCUUGUCCCGGGGUUAAAAAAUGGAGCCACGCCGCCGCCGACGUACUUGACGCACAGACUGAGGCUGAACCCCAAUUCGGAUCACAGGCCCGACAAUUACGAGGGUUUGGACCUCGAAUUCAGCCCCUUGAUCUUCAGCUCGCUGGAGAGGUAUCUCCCGCCAAAUCUGCUGCAUCAGGCGCGCGAUGUGAAGUUGAAUUACAUGAGCGAGAUUCUUCUCCGUUACUACCCCGAAAACGAGCGAAUUAGGCUUCAGAAGCAUCGGGAGUACAGACAGAAGAUUAUAUCCAACUAUCAGCGUCUCCACCUUGAGCUUUAUAAUAAUAUGCAUCCGACAAACUUUUUCGUGCCUUCAUUCCUCAAGGCUAUCAAUGAAAACACGGAACAGGCCUUUAGAAACAUAAUGUCGGAGCCCUCUCCCGGAAUAUUCACGUUUGAAAUGCUGCAGCCACGGUUCUGUGAAAUGUUGCUGGCCGAGGUGGAAAAUUUUGAGAAAUGGGUGCACGAGACGAAGUUCAGAAUCAUGAGACCCAGUACAAUGAAUAAGUAUGGUGCUGCUCUUGAUGAUUUUGGCAUGAGAAAAAUGCUUGAAAAGCUCAUGGAAGAUUUUAUUCGCCCUAUAUCAAAAGUUUUCUUUCCUGAGGUUGGGGGAUCAAUCCUUGAUAGCCAUCAUGGUUUCGUCCUUGAAUAUGGGAUUGAUAGAGAUGUUGACAUGGGUUUCCAUGUGGAUGACUCGGAAGUGUCCUUGAAUGUCUGCGUGGGUAAACAAUUUUCUGGGGGAGAACUCUUUUUUCGUGGAGUACGAUGUGAUGAACAUGUAAAUACGGAAACAAAGCCUGAGGAGGUAUUUGAUUACUCACACGUGCCUGGAAGUGCCGUUCUUCAUCGUGGUCGUCAUAGGCAUGGUGCUAGAGCCACAACAGCUGGGAAUAGGAUGAACUUAUUGUUGUGGUGUAGAAGUUCCGUAUUCAGAGAAUCCAGAAAAUAUCAAAAAGAUUUUUCCAGCUGGUGUGCAGAGUGCAAACGAGAGAAGAAAGAAAGACAACGCCAGUCAGUUGCUGCUAUUGAUAUGGACAUGCUGAGGAGGGAGGGGCAAACUGCUCCCUGAGCUGAGGCGAAGAAAAAACCGGGCCCAAAUCUGUGAAGAAAUCGUGAAAACCUUGGAGCUCAAGAGCAAUUAUUGAUGCAUAUACAGGCUCAAAAUGAUGAGUUUGCUGCUAUCUUUAACCUUGAAGAGUAUAAAGUUCUUCACCAAUGGAGAAAAUGAGUGCGCUACAUCGGACAGAAGAGAGAUGACAGCAGUCGGAUGGACGUAGGGCUGUUUACUGUGUGUGCAUGUGCAAAGAGGUAUAGUCGGAGAGGGAAAAGGGAGGCAGCCACGGCAGUGGCCGGAGUGGUUCUCUUGUUUUAUUUGCAAGUCCAUAGGCUCCAUACCAUACCUCUCUUACACCCAUUUUUGAUCUCUUCCCCGCAAUCCUUCCAAACUUCACUAUUACUCCAUAAUUUAACAUCGAUAUUUUCUUUUAUUCUGAAUUUGGCAUAGUUGAUUGACGAAAGACUUUAGUUUUUCUCUAUCGAAGAUCAUAUGGUGCGACAACACAGUAUGGAUCGAAAAUCAUAUGGUGCAGCGUGCAUUGAGAUACAAUGAAUCAAGAUAGUUGUUACAAAUUGCUUUUUGUGUUCAA